AUGAGAGUAAGUGAGCCUAUCGCGCGAGAGACAGCGGCCGUCGAUGCCCAACCUGUUGGAGCUGCCCUCUCCGCGAGUCCGCUCUCGUCCAGUCUGAACCAGUGGAUGCGGGAGGCAAGGAGCGAGAACCGCCAGGGCCGUCAUGUUGUUCGCAAGGGUCCUUUGGGGUGUACCGUGUGCUCACCACUGAAAGGACUCAUCUCACCUCUUGACUUUGUAUCUUUCCUUCCGUUUUUGGUUAUCACCAUGGCUUCGCCCAUCAAGACCUGCCCGCCGCUCGCCUGUCUUCCGGCAAGAUCCCCGUCCACCCAGACCCGGCGCAUCGAGGUCACGACCCAAAAGGCCCAGAACUCUGAAUCUCUUGUCAUCCUGCUCACCUCUGACCUCAUUCGCCGGCCGGACGCCGUCGUUCCCCCCAGCGGUCCUACACUGACAGACGCAUACCCGGCCACACUUCCCAACUCCCCCCCCAAUGGCCCCAGUCAGUGA